UCCUUUCGUUCGUAUUAAUUACACUGAAUUGUUUGUAAUAUGACCGAUUCUUCAGAUUCUUCUUUUUCUUUCCAGAACAAUUUACAGCCGGAAUUCAAAUUUCCGGCACCGGCGCAGAGCAAACCCAGGAGAAACACUGUUAAGGAAGCAAUUUUGCAUAUCAAGACGCUCGGCCGCCCCUUAAUUUCAAGUUGUAACGGUCAAAUUCUCGAAUCCCUAAUUUUGAAACCCUAUAAACCCUACACAAUUGGCCGCAAAUUGAAGGCGUGCCAUUUUAUUUUUACUGACCGUAGAGUAAGCAGGAGGCAUUGCCAGCUGUGUUUCGAUUCGUUAGAGAAUAAGAUUUAUUUUUCGGAUGGGUUGUUACUCGGUUACAGUGGAUGUAAUGAUCGUUCUUCUAGUUCUAGGGCUUUGGUUUCGACGAAUGGGGCUUUUGUUAAUGGGGUUAGGAUUAGUGGAGUUGUUGAGUUACGAGUUGGUGAUGUGGUUUCGCUUGUUUGCGUCGAUGAAGAAGCUUGCGGGUCGGGGGCUAGCAUCGGUUUUGUGGUGGAAAAAGCUGUUUUUGUGGAGGAGGUUGAUAAUAGAAGUUUGAUUCGAUUUAAUUCGUGUACUGUACAUCGAGAACGGAAUAGUUCUGUAUUUAAAUGUCGCAGAGUAUUAGAUAAUACGAGUGUGCUUGUGAGUUGGUGUAGAGAUAUAAUAUGUAACGACGACCCUAUAUCGUAUAUACAGAAGGGUAUUGUUCUCAAUAGGAAAAAUGGGAUUGAUCUUUCUUUUAGAAACGAACUUAAGAAGUGUUGCGGGUUGUUUUCGGAUAAUGACUUUGAAUUUUGUUCCAAUACCGAGCUUCAAAUUGGAUGUCGUAACCGUAAAAGGGUGUACUCGAGGGAGGUUGAAGCUGUUGAAAAAUGUGACGGCAAAUCCCUGAAAGAGAUUAUAGCGGUCUCUGAGGAGAACGCCGAACGUUCUAACAUUGUCGAUGCUGCUAAUGCUGACACGGAAAGGCAAAUGAAAAUUGAUGUUGUUGAUAUUCCACACAAUGCAGUUGCGAGUGGUGAUUCUACUGGUUUGUCUGUGGGAAGGCGGGAUUCUUUUCCAUGUAGAGAGUUCUUGGACGACAAGAACUGUGGUGGUUGUGUGCCACCUGGAAAGAAAUUUUAUUUGAAUCGUCUUCCGUUUAGGGGUCAAGACACAGACGAGACGAACGAUGUUGUUUCACUGCCGGAGCUUUUUCAUCCCAUCGAGAACCUCAAGCGGGUAUUUAUUGCAACAUUUACUAGCGAUAUAUUAUGGUUCCUAACUUACUGCAAGAUUCCUCCUCAACUACCAGUGACAAUUGCGUGUCACAGUGCUGAAAGGUGUUGGAGUUUAGACCCUGAUAAACGAACAUCAGUUCCAUUCUCGGACUUUCCAAACUUAACUGUGGUGUAUCCUCCAUUUCCUGAAGCUAUAGCUUUUAAUAACGAUCGGAAGAACUCAGGCAUUGCUUGCCAUCAUCCAAAGCUAUUUGUGUUGCAAAGAGAAGAUAGACUACGCAUUGUUGUCACAUCUGCGAAUUUAGUCGAAAAACAGUGGCAUAGUGUAACCAAUACAGUCUGGUGGCAGGACUUCCCACGUAUAAAUAUUCCCAAUUGUUCAUCGCUUUUCACCCAAUUAUCUUUUGGGGAAAUCAAUAUAGAUUCAAAAUGUGAUUUUGCUGCUCAAUUGGCCGGGUUUAUGGCGUCUCUAGUAGUUGAUGUGCCUAGCCAGGCCCACUGGAUCACGGAGUUGACCAAAUACGAUUUCGAAGGAGCUACUGGAUAUUUAGUUGCUUCUGUACCAGGAAUUCAUUCUCGUAGAAGUUCUUAUCUAUACGAUUCAAAAUAUCACUUGGUGGGGGGUAGCAGACACGAGCUAGAGUCAUCCGCGGAUUCUAACGGAGAGCAUUUGAAGAGGUUGGCAUUGUUUCUUGGAAAAUGUCGUGAGAACAUGGAUGGGAUGUCAGAGGUUGUUUUGAGGAGAGAGACGAAUAUACCAGCUGACGGGAAUGCAGUGAGCGUGCUUAUUCCUAACCCGGAAGACUUUUCUCCCGGAGAUUUUGUUCAACUUGGGUUUCUACCAAAGGAUAUUGCAAAAUGGGUGGCUCCACUUUCCGAUAUCGGACUUUUUGCAUUUUCUGCGUAUAUUCAUCCUAAGGAAGUCCUUGCAACUGCUUUAGAAGGAAGCAGCAAGAAAGUAAAACUGAUUCUUUAUGUGUAUGCGGGCCCUUCCUUUUCUACUAUAUCGGAAGUUACAGAACUUGAAUAUGUUACCGCAAUAUGCUCCCUUGUUGCAUCGAGUCAGAGAUGUGCAGGGCUGUGGCGCCUUAAGGAGGUUUUAGGUCAGUACAAGUGGCCUGAACAUUUGGAAUCGGACUUCUUUUUUGGUUCAUCCUCGGUCGGAUGCGUAAACGCACAAUUUCUUGCUGCAUUUUCCGCAGCAGCAGGAAAAAAAUCAGUACCAUUUUCCGAUUCUGAAGAAUCGGAUCCAGAUUGGGGCUGUUGGAGUGCCAGCCAAGAGUUAAAAAACCCUUCUGUCCGGAUUAUUUUCCCCAGCAUCGAGACAGUGAAAAACAACAGAAACGGAAUUAUGGCUUCGAGGCGCAUGUUGUGCUUCUCUCAGAAAACAUGGCAGAGGCUGGAAAAUGUCGGCAUACUCCAUGAUGCAAUUCCUUAUCCAAGUGGCAGGGUUGGUAUCCCUAUGCAUGUCAAGGUACUCUCUCUCUCUCUCUCUCUCUCUCUCUCUGUUAGUGACUUGACGGAAGAGGAGGUAGCGGAACUGAAGGAGGAGGAGGAGGAGGAAGUUCCGGAAAGUUCUAUAUACGUUACGAAGGAAAAGGAAGACGAAAAGGCUUACGCUGAUGAACUAUGGAUUCAGCAAACAGUGUACAGUAAUUCAGUUAACAUGUGA